CUCCUCUUCAACGCCAAUCCUCAUUAUUUUUAUUUAUACUCAUCUCCAGGCACUUACUUUUCUCUAGGCAUUCUCCUUUAGCUUCCAAAAAUGGUAUUUUUCAUAGUUUUCACUCUUCUCAUGCAAAUCUACACUACCGGAGCCAAGAUUCCGGCGAUAAUCGUGUUCGGCGACUCAUCGGUAGACGCCGGAAACAACAACCACAUUCAAACGGUUGCAAAAAGCAAUUUCCGGCCAUACGGUCGUGACUUUUUUGGCGGAAAGGCUACCGGAAGAUUCUCAAACGGGCGUGUUCCGACUGAUUUUAUAUCGGAGUCGUUUGGUCUCCGGCCGUAUGUGCCGGCUUAUUUAGAUCAUGCGUAUAAUAUUUCGGAUUUUGCAACCGGAGUUUGUUUUGCAUCUGCUGGUACCGGUUACGAUAAUGCUACUUCUGACGUGCUUUCAGUGAUACCUCUAUGGAAGGAAGUGGAGUACUACAAGGAGUACCAAAAGAAACUAAGACACCAUUUGGGUGACCAAAAAGCCAAUUCUAUUAUAUCACAAGCACUCUACCUUACAAGCAUGGGCACCAAUGACUUUCUUGAGAACUACUAUACACUCUCCCACAGGAGAUCACAAUACACAAUCACCCAAUAUCAAGAUUAUCUAGUCACCAUUGCCGAGUCGUUUAUCAAGAAGCUCUACGGCCUGGGUGCGAGAAAGCUUUCACUCGGGGGUCUUCCUCCUAUGGGUUGUUUGCCAUUGGAGCGGACCACAAGUUUCAUGAUUGGAAAUGGAGAUACAUGCAAUGGUGCAUAUAACAAAGUGGCCAUGGCGUUUAACCGGAAGUUGAGUGGUUUGGUCAAACGGUUAAAUACCGAGCUUUCGGGGAGCAAAAUCGUCUUUUCUAACCCGUAUCCUAUUUUCCAGCAAAUUGUCCAAAAACCGUCAUCUUUUGGAUUUGAGGCAGCCGCAGUGGCAUGUUGUUCAACGGGACUGUUUGAGAUGGGAUAUAUGUGCGACCAAUAUAAUCCAUUCACCUGCUCAGAUGCCAGCAAAUAUGUUUUCUGGGAUUCUUUCCAUCCUACUGAAAAAACCAACCGUAUCAUUUCUCGACAUUUGUUCAAAACCGUUCUCUCGAAAUUUUUGUAGUACCUUGGGAUUAUAUAUUUAGAACAAAAAAAAAAGGAAAGAUAAGUUUAUAAUGUGGACGGUGUGUUAUAUAUGCUGUAUUCAUGGCAUUAUGUAUGAUACAUAAAUAAAAGAGAUCGCAUGUUGCGAUUUCAAAUUCUAAGCCGUUUUAGGAAUUAUUGUUUAUCUUUUUCUUAAA